AUGGGUGCCUACAAGUAUAUCGGCGAGCUCUACAAAAAGAAGCAGUCGGAUGUCCUCCGCUUCCUCUUGCGCGUUCGGUGCUGGGAGUACCGUCAGCUCAACGCUCGUCGCAUGGGAUACAAGGCCAAGCAGGGCUACGUGAUCUACCGCGUUCGUGUCCGCCGUGGUAACCGCAAGAAGCACGUCCCUAAGGGUGCUACCUACGGUAAACCCGUUCGGCAGGGUGUUAACCAGCUCAAGCCCCAGCGUGGACAGAGGAGUGUUGCGGAGGAGCGUGUUGGUCGCCGUUGCGGCAACCUGCGGGUCCUUAACUCGUACUGGAUUAACCAGGACGGUGUUUACAAGUACUACGAGGUCAUCUGCGUUGACCCCAGCCACAAGGCGAUCCGCCGCGACCCCAGGAUCAACUGGAUCACCAAGCCCGUUCACAAGCGUCGCGAGGCCCGUGGUCUCACCUCUGUUGGAAAGCAGAACCGUGGUCUCGGCAAGGGUCACCGCUACAACCACACUCCGGGCUGGUCGACCUGGAAGAAGCACAACACCCUCAGCCUCCGCCGCUACCGGUGA